CUUCUCCGCGUCGACCUUUGCGAUGAAGUCGUUCAUUAAAUGCCUCACAUGGGCAUCCGUCGUUCUUUCCUUUGCGGCGGCCCAAGAAGUCAACGUCACGCUCGUUCCAGCCGCUAUAGGCUUCAAAGCUGAUAACGCUGCAUUUCUCUAUGGUAGCUCACCAGUCUUAGUCACAAACGACGCAGGUGCAGCAGAUGGAGGUCUACGCACUUUUGAUGUCUCAAAAUCGACUCCGUUCAAGCAGUCGGCACAUAAGAAAACCGGUCGUUCCAAGAUUGCUGUCCCCGUAUACGAUGUUGGCGGCCGGGAUGUAAUCAUCAACAUCCCUGCCCCAGAUUCGCUUUUCAGGGUUUUUGAUGCCCAGAGUGGAAAGAAAGUCAAUAGCAAUGACAAGAAACAGCUGGGUGAUUGGAGCACAGCUUGCGUUUGGAAAAGUGGAAAGAGUGGAGAAAGCUACCUCUUCUUGUUCGGAAAGCAGAUGGUCGUGCAGCUUCUAGUCAGAGAUCAGAAGAAAGAUGUAGAGAUUCUCGAAAUUCAAACAUUCCCCAUUCCCGUCGAGGGCGAGUCCUGCUCUGUGUUGUCAAACGGACAGGUCUUCUUCUCGGGCAAGAACCGGCCACUCUACUCGUUCCAGGCUUCUGAAACUACAAAGGCUCCCGAGGUGAAGACUGCGAUCGAGAAAAUCAAAAUUACCGGUCUUGCUACCUACUACGGUAAAUCUAAUGAUUAUCUCUUCGUUGCGCACAAGGAUACCAUUAGCGUAUACGACCAAAAUCUCAAGUCAAAAGGAAGCAUUGUCCUAAGUGGCGUACCCGAACUUGAAGUCAAAGGCGGUCUCUCCAUGCUCCAGAACCCAGUCGAGGGAUAUCCUUCGGGAGUUAUCAGUGUUGCGUUCGAAGGAAAAGAUCAAAACGGCGUUGCGAUCGGCUCUUUGGAGGGCGUGCUGAAAUCCCUCGAUGUCAAAGCGAACACGAAGUAUAACCCGAAAGAUAAACUAUGCAAGCGCUGCGAAGAUAAAAUAUCCGACAAGUGCUCUAACAACGGCUUCACUGCGGGUUCUGAUAGCUGCUCAUGCUUUGUUGGCUUUUCCGGCCAAGACUGCUCCAAGACGACCUGCGAGAACGCCUGCUCCGGCCAUGGGAAGUGCGCCGGCCCCAACGUUUGCAAAUGCAAGGAUGGAUGGACAGGACCCGACUGCUCAUUCGUCGCGGUCAAGGCCAAGUAUGAAACUGAGGCAAACGGUGGCGAUGGGGACGACCCAGCCAUUUGGAUCCAUGCUACCAGACCUGACCAGAGCAGAAUCAUCACGACUACGAAGUCAGCAGAUGGUGAAGGUUUUGGCGUCUUUGAUCUCAAGGGAAAAUUGCUACAACACCUGGCAGCAGAGGAGCCUAACAAUGUCGACAUUAUUUACAACUUCACCGCAGGUAAUCGCAAGAUUGAUUUGGCGUACGCCGCUUGUCGUGGAGACAACACCCUGUGCCUUGUCGAGGUGAACAGCACCGGCCUCCUCAAGCCCAUCUCUGGAGGGGCUCAGUCCCUCCCCAAAGGAUACAAAACCUAUGGCUCAUGCAACUACCGAUCAAAAAAGACUGGCAAGGAGUACCUUUUCGUCAAUAAUAAGGAGGCGAAGUAUCUCCAGUACGAGCUCACCGCUACUACGAAUGGCACUCUACAAACAACCCUCGUCCGCGAGUUUCAAGGCGGCUCAGGCGGUCAAGUCGAGGGCUGCGUAUCCGAUGAAGAAGCAGGCUUCCUGUUUCUCGGCGAAGAGCCUUCAGGUAUCUGGCGCUACGAAGCUGAACCUACCGGCUCCAAUACCGGUGUCCAAAUCGCCAGAGUCGGUGACGCAAGCGGUCUUCAUGCAGACGUCGAAGGUAUUACCCUUGUUCCCGCAAAAUCAGGUCCUGGCGGUUACAUCAUCGUCUCUUCGCAGGGCAUCAGCUCUUAUUUUGUGUAUGAGCGUGCGCCGCCGCAUAAAUACGUUACAACGUUCACAGUCGUAAACAAUGACAAGGAUGGAAUUGAUCAUGUAAGCAAUACAGACGGUCUUGUAGCCGUGGGCAACGCGCUGAACAAAGACUUUCCGAGAGGUCUAUUUGUUACGCAUGACGAUGCUAAUGAAUUGGCUGAGGGAGGAACAGCCAAGGAGGCGAGCUUCAAGUUGGUGAGCUUGGUAGAUAUACUUGGGGAGGACAGAGCAAAAAGUUUGGGUUAUUAAGCAUAGCACCCAGUUAUAUUGAAACUGCUGUGUGAACUCCUUUACAACAAUAUAGUGACAGUUUCUCAUUAAACCUCUGGAGCUCUAGAAAAUUAUACUGUUCUUCAUGGC